AUGAGGGGCUACAGUGGGCACAACAACCGCAUGGUGUGGAAAUCGAGGAAGAGUGCUAUCUCUAACUCUGAUUUCUGCCUUGUGCUGUCCACCUCUUUGUCUGCUGCUCCUGUGUGUCUGCUCAGUUUCGGGGAUGCCUCCCUCUCAUCUGCGUCCACCUUGGAGCACAUCCCAUCCUCGGCCGUGGCACGCCCUCGGCCCCUCGUCCGGCAGCAGAGCCUCCAACAGCCCCUCACUCACCAGCCCCCUCCGGGCCCCAACGACCCCCCAGUCACAUCCCAGAGCCUGGGCCAGCUUCACACGGGCCCAGGCGGCGGAGGCCACCGUGGGGGCCCGCGGGGGGUCCGGGGGAGUCCGGCUGGAGCCUCCCGGCACAGAGGAGGAGGAGGGGCAGGCCGGUCAAGGUCCAAUCCGGGCAGCUGGGAUCACAUGAUGGAGCAGAUCCGGAACAGAGGGCUGGACGUCAAGUCGUUCUUCGAGGGGAAGAUGGUUGUUCUGUCUCUAGCUAUCGGGCUGGCUGAACAGGAUGACUUUGCCAACCUCCCAGAUCUACAGGAAGCACCAGCCAGCCAAGAAAAUGAAACCACACCAGAAAAGAGGACUCCAGGUAACAAACCAGGCAGUAGCCCCAGAGGUCAAACCCCAGAUGAGAGCGGACGCCGCCACGACGCCAACUCCUCUGUGUCUGACUUGGCCAACUCAGUCACCAGUGACAUGCUCAUGUUGUCUCCAGGUUCCGAGGAAGACGACCACGAGGGUCCAGUGUGUGAAAAGCUGGGUCGUGUUCAGUUCAGCGUCGGGUACAGUUUUCAGGACUCCACCCUCACCGUCAAAAUCCUGAAGGGCCAGGAUUUGCCCGCAAAGGAUUUUUCCGGCACCUCUGACCCAUUUGUCAAACUGUACCUGCUGCCGGACAAAAAGCACAAACUGGAGACCAAAGUGAAGAGGAAGAAUCUAAACCCCCACUGGAAUGAAACCUUCUUGUUUGAAGGGUUCCCCUAUGAGAAGGUGGUCCAGAGGACUCUAUACCUGCAGGUUCUCGACUACGACCGCUUCAGCAGGAAUGACCCCAUAGGCGAGGUGUCCAUCCCCCUCAACAAGCUGGACCUGGCCAACAUGCAGACGUUCUGGAAGGAGCUGAAACCAUGUAGCGAUGGCAGCGGGAGUCGAGGGGAUCUGCUGGUGUCUCUGUGCUACAACCCCACAGCCAACAUCAUCACUGUGAGCAUCAUGAAAGCCCGCAACCUCAAAGCCAUGGACAUCGGAGGCACUUCUGACCCCUACGUAAAAGUGUGGUUGAUGAACAAGGACAAGCGCGUGGAAAAGAAGAAGACAGUGGUAAUGAAGCGCUGUCUGAACCCUGUGUUCAACGAGUCCUUCCCCUUUGAUGUGCCUGCCCACGUGCUGAGGGAGACCACCAUAAUUAUAACCGUCAUGGACAAGGACAGGCUCAGUCGCAAUGAUGUCAUUGGAAAGAUCUAUCUUUCAUGGAAAAGUGGCCCUGCAGAGGUGAAGCACUGGAAGGACAUGAUGGGUCACCCUCGCACCACUGUGGCUCAGUGGCACGCCCUCAAGACCUGA